GCUCGCUCGCACCGCCAGACGCCUCCGCGACCCCGAACUGUGAGGACGGUGUGCUGUGCCGCCGUGUAGUACACACAUCUCGUCAGCCCCGUCAGUGUAUAGAAGAACAGCUAGCUUUUGUCAGCAGCUCGAGAGCCGGCGUGCAUUAUACGUGCUGUGCAGUGUGUGAAAUUUUCUCUGCCGACGGAUAGAGUCGCGAACGCGAUUCUCGUCGGUUUUUCUUACUUUUCGUUCGUUUCUUUCGAGUUGUGCGCUUUUCUUCGAAAGACAAGCUCGAAUCUCCGUGUGCUCCGAGAACGAAUUCCAACGAGAAUCGUUCGUGUGAUAUGAAGCGCAGGAAGCAGGAGCAGGAGCAAUAAGCAGAAAAGUUGUUCGCUGAGCGGACUUGCCGAGACAGAAAGAGCGAGAGAGCGAGUGAGAGGUCAAGUUCGGAGCGGAGAAGUUGUGUGCAUCACUGCGAGAGCGGAGCAGCGUCGGAUCGCAGCCGCCCGUCGGACGCUUGUGCGAGCGCGCGAUGUCAGGACCGAGCGCUAACAUAAUCGACGGACGCCCCGAUGGGUGAGAAAUCGCAGCCUUGUGAUUUCCGCGCGAGUGGAUCGUGACGAUUAUUAUUUGAAAAAAAAAAAAUAAAUAAAUAAAUAAAUAAAUAAUAAUACCCAGUGAUCGAAUAAUACGUGCGUGCUUCUUCGGAGAGAUCGAAUACGACUCGAGAGAGAACAUCGGCUGCAAUAAUCCGAGAUAUAGUGUGCUAAAAGUGCGAGACAAAAAAGAAAAGAGAAUAAAUAUCUCUCCCAUCGCGCGUGGUGUCGUGGAUGUGGCUGUGUGACAAAAGUAGUGGUGCCAGGUGUUGCUGGAAGAAGUUGACGGAGCUGGAGUCCGCGAACUCAAAGAGGACGACGGCGUCGGCUUGCGGAGCCGAGGACUGGAGCUACCAUGGUGUCCACGUCCAUUGUCACCCUCGUGUUCCUCGUGUGCCUCCAAACGGUGCUGCUCUCGACCGUGAGCAACUGCGCCAAGACCAUCAGCAUGUACUGGAACACAACGAAUUCGAUAUUUCGGAUAGACAAUACGGAUCACAUAAUAGACGUGAACAAGAACAACGCGGCGUUCGAGUACGACCAAGUGAACAUAAUUUGUCCGGUUUACCAGCCAGGCACGUACGAUGACGAAGCGGAGAAGUACAUUAUUUACAACGUGUCGAAGGAGGAGUACGAGACGUGUCGGAUAACGAACCAGAGUCCGCGGGUCAUAGCGAUCUGUGACAAGCCCUUCAAGAUGAUGUACUUCACGAUAACGUUCAGGCCGUUCACGCCGCAGCCUGGCGGCCUCGAGUUCCAUCCGGGCCGGGACUACUACUUCAUCAGCACCUCGUCGAAGGAGGAUCUCCACAGGCGCAUCGGUGGACGAUGCACCACCCACAACAUGAAGGUCGUAUUCAAGGUCUGCUGCGGCAAUGACGCCGACAGCUCGAGCUACCCCGCCACCGCACGCAACAACUCGGUGGCAGUGACGAGCAGCACGGUGAGCACCAGCAGCAGCUCGACGAGCACGGCUGUGCAGAACGGCAACAACGCGGGCAUGCCCGCGGCGAUUCCGCCCUCGGUGUUCAAGGGCAGCGACCGGUUCUACCCCAGCAACGUGCAUCACGGACACGAUAAUGGACAUCAUCAGCCGGGCAGCGGACAGGACGCCUCGCCGACGCUGUCGCACGUACCUCAGGUGCCCAUGUUCCCCAACUACCCGCACCAGCAGCCGCAGCCGCCGAUAUACCAGGGACCUCCGGCAUCGCAGCCGCCCAAGACCUCUAUUACACAGAAGAAGAAGAACAAGGAGUACUCGGACCACCCGAACGAAGUGGUGAAGAACGAGGAGCUGACGUACAACGGAGCGAGCUCGCCGACGCUGCGAACGCUCUCCCAACAGCAGCAGCUCGCGUGGACGCUGACGCUGCUGUGCGGCGUGCUCCUGCCUUAUCUGCUGCGGUGAAGCGACUCACGGGCCACGAGUCGUUGAAUCGAGCUGCGUCAAUGAACAACAAACAACAAAACAAAACCCCCUUCUUCUGUGAUUGUAAUCCUACGUUUAUAAUUCAUUUCCGCGAGAGAGAAAGCGAGAGACACCGCAGGCCGCCGGCUCGUACACGAGCGCGGCCAAGCGUCUCUCGACAGCACGCGGACGAUGCAAAUUUAUGAAAGAAAAACGUAAACACGAGAAAUGAACAAAAAAAAAAGAUACGAAAGAAGCAAGUUGACGACGAUAUGAACUCUCUCGAGUGUGCGUGUGAGGAUGUGCGUGCACGUGCGACCGCGCGCGGUUCGACGGCCAAGAGAAGAACAGCAGUAGCAGCAUUGGAAGAGAGCGACAAGCCAUAUUAACUGUUAACGUCGGAGCGAAUGCGAUUGUGAAGAACUCUAAACUACUAGGCACUACCAUAGUACGCCCACUAUUAUCACUAUACUCUAGAGCGAACGAGCGAGAGAAUAUAAGUGCGGAGCGAUAGUCGUGUAUUUGGUUGUCAUUCGUUAUCACUACGCUAUAUGAUUCUAUUCCGAGUUCUAGGCGUGCGCGUGCUAUUCGAAUUUACGAAAACACAGACGGCGGAAUAUAGUGUCCUCGAGCGUGGAGCUUGUCCAAGUGAAACAUCGUGCCUCUUGAGACUACCGUAGGCCUAUGCCUGUGAGAAAAGCCUCUUCCGCGUCUCGAACCGUGCACGGUUUCUUCUUGUAAUGCACAGUCGAGCAAUCGAAUCGCUCAGUGUAUCGCGUACGCAUUAUCGGUUCAUUUCUCAACUGUCGUUUAUGUUGCAGACAAUCGCCGCGAGUCGACCCUCUCCCAAAGUGCACCUGAAAUUGAUGCCAUUUUCACGAGUAUUAGUUGCUUUGAAGGAAAAAGAAAAUUGUACAUUUUUUUGUUUUGACUCCCGGCGAUUCGGAAGUUCGAAAUUAGCGUUGUAUAAAGGAAGCGAUUCGACUGGCCGAUGCGCGCGCCUUAUUAAAAAAAAACCGCGUCAUUCCAUGCGAAAGAUGAAAGGCCCGGGAUAUCGUCGCGGCGCGCUCGAUCGCGUGUCCUGGGCAUAACGACAUAAAAUGAAAUUAGCACGCCUCUGUGUAAAUAAGCGAAGAAGAAUAUUAAGAAUUAAUCACAAUUCCUAACGAGCAUUGUACAAGCGGCUCAACGGGGAGGUCUAAUGAAAAGCGCUUUUUGUAAAAGAAAAAAUAAUAAUGGACAAAGGAACGUGUUCGCGUGCGAGAAACAUGAGAUGCAACGAAAGUGCAUUCGUCCUUCCUCGGCGAAUAUAUAAACAAAGAAAAGUAAAUUAAAAAUAUCCUGCCUUUGUCGAGGGUGUGCUCUCGCCGCCGCCGUUCCGAAUAAAAAGAGCCACUGCCAGGAGCGCUUUUGUUUAUAAUAGGCGACGAAAAAGCAAAAACAAAAAAACACAAAAAAAAAGCAAAUUGAAUUCGGACUGAAGAGUGUCCCCGCGAACGCCGCGAGAAUAUUACGAAAUCCACGUGACUGUCAAUUUCGCAAUAUUUUUCUUUGUGUUAAACUUUCUGUUUUAUUUUUAUUAUUAUUUUGUGUGUGCGUUAGUAAGCGACGACGUGAGCGAGCGAAUGGGGGGAGAAAGUGCGAUAUGCGCGAAUAUGUGGACGUUGCACGCCUGAAAGAGCGAGGGAUGCGAGAAAGAGGAGAGAGAUAUGAUGGUACGAGUGUGCACGUGCGAGAAUGCGCCACUAGCGAGAAUGUUUAACCGAAGACUAUUGUAUCAUAGCUGUAUUAUACCGAGACACCUAUCUAUAGAUCUGUAUUAUAUUUAUUAUCUAUUAAUAUUACGACACUACGAAUAUUUACUCGAUAUUCUAUUAUUAUUAGUAAAAUAUCAAAUUUAAUAGUGAAUAAAUUGCGAAAUGGAGUGGGCACGUCCAAAUAAUGCGCCUGCUCCGUCUUGUUUUUAUAUACUACUUGAAAAACCGACGAGGCAUUUUAUCCACUUGCCAAUGCACGAUUAGACACCGUUCGUUUAACUCGACUUUCCUAGACCCCACCCUUAAUUCUACAUUUGUUCUUAAUCACAAACUUUUAUUUAUUAUACAGCGUCUGCAAAAAGCAAAACAAACGAUAUACAAUAUAUACAUACAAACGUGUGCACCCGAGCGACCACAUCGAUUAUGGAAGGCAAUGUGUACUUCGCGAGCAUAAUAAUGUUUUUAAUCUGUCGACUUAUAUACAUAUUGUAUUGUUUACCGACUUUUUGUCAAAGCCUCACGCAUAUCAUGUUGUAAAAGUGAAUUUUCCGUAAUGCCCGUAUGAAUAAACAACACUGCAAUACCGACGAGAUUUUCCGUUUGAUCGUUCGAGGUGUUUUAACUAACGGAGAUUGACUGUUCUGCGCCGAUGAUUUUUUUAUUCGCGCGAAUCUUUUACGAUUUUUAUCUAGGAUGUAUAAAAAUUAUUUUAAUCCUAACUUACACACUAUUAGAAAAUAAUUUUUAUAUGUGUACAUAAAAAUUGUAAAAUAUGUAGCAUUAUAUAUAUAUAUAUAUAUAUAUAUAUAUGAAAUUAUAAAAAUUCUUAUUUAAAAAUUAUUUUUUAGUUGUCAUUAUUUUUCUUUGUCUCCAUUAUGCACUUAUUAUUUUAUUGUGUUUAUCCUGCAUGUAAAUUAUGAUUUCCUCCUUUUCCAUUUUUACCCUCGCGCUUAUUUGCGCGCUGCGGUUUCGACGUAAAGAUGCGCCUCUCGUUGAAGCAAUCGACAUCGCCGAGAGAAACUGUCUUCGAGCGUACCGUUAUGACGCAAGCCGCGCACUACCAUGUAAAUUUAUACAAAUUCGCUCCUACCCACGUUUAUUCAAUGUCACGCAGUCGGCAAAACGGUAUUGUGCAAACAAAUAAAUCGUCGCGAAGCAAACAAUGUUAUAUUCUAUUUGUAACGAGAACAAAUCUCGGUCACGCGUACAGGAGGGAGAGCACGUAUCUCCGCGAUACAGAAACAAAACGAGACAGCAACGAUAGUCGGAAAAUUAUUUAUAGCUCUGUUAUUAUAUAUUUCGCGCGUAACUGAUUGGUUAAAACGGAAACAUCGGCAACGAGAGAUGUCUCAAUGUAUACACAUCGUUCAAAAUUUUCAAACCGUUCGCUUCAUUCUCCGUGCGUCUGUUUACGCUUCGCCGUCGAAGGCAGUGUAUAACCGCAAAGAACGAGCGGAUCGUGUGUGAAUUCGCAAAACGUACACGGGCGAUAUAUGCGCGUCACGAUGACCGCGGGAGGGUGAGCUCGCUGAGGCCGGCUGAUGCUGCGAAAGAAAGAGCGCACGGAUUCCUAAGCGCCUUCUAGUCAAGUGUUUCGCUAGAGAGCGAGAGAGCCGAGAGCGUGGAAUUAUUAUCUGCAGCCGCGGGGCGGACGUGAGUGCAUCCUCGCGAUUUCUCUCGCGACGAAGCUCCGGUGCACGAGCAGCCAGGAUUUCUCGGCCGACCUUAUUUCCUCGACACUUUUUUCCUUUUUUGUUUCGUAGACAACUUUUAUUCUAUAAGAGAAAUUGAUUUAUGUAUCAUUGUGCUUGGUUUUGUUUAGUGCACAAAGUAGCGCAUUUUACUUUGCACGUGUAAAUAUACGAUUUUUCGACCGAGAGCUGCAUCAGGUACAAUUUUGCGUUCUCGUUGAGGGAAAAAAAGAGCUGAGGACGGUCAGUCUCCUCGGGCGCAGCGAAACGUUCGGACGAGUAUAAGAGAGAGAGAGAGAAAGAGCCGAUGCACAUACUGCGGGAUAUUGCCGUUAUUUUGCAUAUGCUCGAUUUCGUUUCUGCCGUUCCUUUAUGAAUGUACAUGCAGCGAAACGUUUGGAGAACGAUUCGAUUAAAUUGCACAACGAGCAUUUUGCGAUUGUAAUUUCACAGAGGAGGUGCUGCGCGCGAGGAAAGGCACAGCGUAAACAUCGCGCUUGUAAUUUAUACGGCUGCCGCGCGCAGCUGAAAUAUACAUGCAUACAACGAUUUGCAAUCGAACUAGAUAUGGUCACUCACACACACGUGCUUCGACAGACUUUUUCUCCCCUUUUUUUUAUUAUUUCUUAAAUGCCUACUCCUCGACCGAGCCACAUACCCGCAAAGGAUAGAAAAAACGAAUUUCGAUUCUUUAGAUUGCUACCUCAAACAACAAUGUUAUCACGUCAUAUGUACUUUUUCAAACGAUUGAAUGUUGAGAGAUUUCCACAGACGAGAUUUAUUAUUGUAACACACUUAAUAGCUCAUAAGCAUAAUACUGCCAAUUUUUCAGUACAAGAUGAACAAUAGAUGUACGGACUAGUAUAUUCAAAUUUCGUUGAAUGAGUAUUCAAAAAGAAGGAAGACUAGAGAGAGAGAGAGAGAGAGAGAGAGAGAGAGAGAGAGAGAGAGAGAGAGAACAAAAAAUUUGACUUUGGGCGAUGAUACUUAAGAAAAGAAAAAAAACGUAAUCCUGUUGAAAGAAACUAUUUAUUGUUCGAAGAAUCGGCAUUCGUACUUUUUCAGCUGAAAUCCCCUGCACGUCCAUGAUAAUGCCGCAUUCCUUGCCGAAUUUCAAUGAUCCCUGGCGCUUCGUCGACUUUUCGUAUGUUUAAUAUGACGUGUGUGCAGUAUAUAAUAUACAUUUAUACAUAUAUUACGUCUAGAACAGACGUGGGCGCAUUCAAGUGUAUACAGCCGUUUAUAUUUUGGAAUUUCGUCUACGUUUUCAACGCUUGCGCAUAUAAUUAUGAAUUUAUGAAAGAGUAAUGAUAAAAAUGUCUAUACGUUGUAAACGAGAACGAGACUGCGAGUAUAACGAAAUUAAUCGUUUAAAGUAUAAUCUAGUCAAUUAAUCUCCAAUAUAUCAUUUAUAACAACAGUUUUUCUCUCAGUAUAAUUUUAAACUUCGCAAUGCAGCCAUUUAUAAUCAAUUUAAUCAAUAGACAUACAAGCAUAACGCAUUCACUCACUCACCAGGAAUAUAUAAGUAUGGUAUAAUUAUAUUGUUUUAUGCGCCACACACACCGAUGAGUAAUUGUAACGAAUAUAAGUAUCAUACGCAUUUAGUAAUUUAACAAUAGUACGCGCAGCUAUUGCGCAGCUGCAAACACGAAAGCCAGAUUUUUGCAUAUUAUAUGGUUAUAUUGUAAUAUCGAAAUAGAACGAAAUAGAACAAUCUGAUUUACAGACACACAACACACACACACACACACACACACACACACUGCAGCAUCAAGAGACAAAGCCCACGUCUGACCUAGUUGAAGUCACAAAUCGCAUUCUCAAAACGGCGCUUGCGUUCGCUAAAUGAGGCGCGAGAAAUAAAAAAUACGCGAGCUAUAGAGAGGCGAUAGGACAACGAGUCGAGAGAGGAGAGAAAUAAAGAUAAUAUACAGAUUAAAAGAAGAAAAGAGAUAAAUAUUCACAAAAAUGCCCACUUGUUUACAGAACAAAUACGAGACGAGGUUGCUCUCGUCGAUCAACGAUGUACGUUAUAUAUAAAUAUUAUAUAUAAAUAAAAUAUAAAUACAUAUAAAUAUCGAAGAAUAGAGAGGACGUGGAGGUUGAACGAAUUGUCGAGAAGCUUGUACAUAAUUAUCUAGGACGAUGAGAGAGAAAGCCAGGAGUAAGAAUGCGAGAGAGAGCAUAUAACGACGGGGGAGAAAGAAAAGUAAGCGAUUAAUGAAUUAACGAUAUAUAAAUGAGUAUAAAAAAAGGCGACGAAAGAGACGCGAGACGAAGUUUAUAUUAAAUACAUAGUAGGUACAAGAUAGGUUUCUAAUAACGAUUUAUUAUAAAAGUGAAUGUACGUUGAUGUCUAAGAUUUUUAAAGUGCGAUGGGUAGGGAGGUAGGGUUCGAAGCCGGCGCGAUAUUGUAAACGUCGAUUCGAAGGUCAGCUGAUAAGAGCGAACGAAAAAAAAAUAACAAUCAUCGAGUUAACGGAGAAACGCAAGCUGCAGAGACACGAUAAUUCGCAUUACGAUUAUGAUUAUUAUCGGCCGAUAUAGGUGUGUGUACUAAUUAAACUCGACACGACGAGCAGAAUAUUGCAAAUAUAAACAACUAAUUCACAUAAGAAUGUAACGAGAUUAUUUUGUGACAGAGAGACAUCCCGUCGGUUCGCUCGCGCUCAGCGACGAGAAAGAGAUCAUGGAUAUACAGACACAAUUAUAUUAUAUAUAUAUUAAACAUUACGAGAGCCUGGCCGCCCGAUCCGCCACCUGCGACGCGAUCGUCAUCCUCGAAUUAUUAUUGUUCUCCUCUGCGAAUAUCACGUGUUUCUUUCAUUUUUAAACUCGCGUAUAUAACGAAUAACUCUGAGAUAAGGGGAUUUUUCAUUGAUAUAUGAAUAUAAUAUAAUAUAUGCGCGGCAUUGUUGUUGUUGUUGUUAUACAUGCAUACAUAUACAAUUAUACAUAUACUGCGGGAUGAGUAUAUAAGCUGAUGUCUAUUAUAUACGCGAACUCGGCCUAACCAUUCUGUUUUCAUUCCGGGGCAAACGAAGAUCGUGAAUACGUACAUACAAUUGAGUUGAAUUUUUUUUUAAUUAUAUCUUUUCUUACAAGUGUAACGACGACAUAGAAAACAGAAAUUCAUCACUCACACACAGACACUCAUUAUAAGAGGAAAACAAAAGAUAUAAAUAUGAAAGUCCCAUCCGACGCAUUUAGUCGACUGUAUGUAAUAAAUAAAAAAAAAUAUGUAAAAGUGUAUAUCGAUCGACUUUGCGAUUCGUCAGAGUCACUCGCAACAGUACAAAGCAGUUGAAAGAUAAAUAAACGAGAUGAAAAAAUUAUAAAAAAAGAAAAAGAAACGAGAGCAGUGGAUCGCGCGCGGCGGAUCGUGCGCGCGAGCGGUUCCGUAAGCAGGGACAAUUUUUUAAAAUAGGUUGCGUGUGCGCCCUGCACCAGCAGGCAGACGCACAUUACCAAGUACAGAUACGUCGUUCAUACAAUGCAUUACAAUACAAUACAAAGUAGCGUAGAAUUCAUAACAGUAGUCCAUCGUAGCGAAAUAGUGUUUAAACAAGAAGAAACAGAAAAUAAAAAACAGGAAAAAAGCGACAUAAUCAACAAAAAAAUUGCAGAUAAUCGUACGUUAAACAGAAACAAAAAACAUGGAAUAACAGAUGAUCACAUUAUACACACAUACACAGACAGUGCUAAUAUACGAGAAUAUGCGUGAACCCCAGCCCCUACCCCCCUCCCCCUCAAGUAUUAACGAAUUACAAAAGCGCAAGUUUAAAAAUUUAAUCAUUUUUUCAAUGCGUAUGAAAACUAUGUCCAAUAUUUCUAACACACACACAGACACCAGCAUCACCAUACCAGCGAGUUUUUCUCACGGGCAGAUUAUUGUUUGAUUCUUUAUACGUGUAGCGUGCGAGCGGAUUGCGAAUAAAAGAGAAAGAUCGAGCGAAAGAGCGAAAAUUGAGAGCGACAUAUGCGUAGUGUAAAAGAAACCAAAGUACUUUAUAGGGAUCUCGGCUGGGCGACGUCAAGAAUUUAUAUACAUUACGAGAAGAAAUUUGUUAUUUGCAUUGUAUAAUCUCGCGAAAGCGUAUUCUCCGCGACGACGCGAGAGUCAUACGAUGAGGAAAGGGAAAAAAAGUUUCGUACAGUCUUUACUUUCGUGGUGACGAAAAGAAAAAAAUUGUUUUCGCGAAACGCUUGUAAUCAGCUAUUAUACAUUUAUAAAGGUGGAAACUUGUUUAUAUUUUUCUUAAAAAAAAAAUAAAGAGAAAUGAAGAUGACGACGAAGAUGAAACGAUGAGAAACGGUUUGACGAUGAUGAAAAAUUUACGUACUCGUAUACAUACAAGACGACUGUAAAAAUUUGAUAAUUUUCUAAAACACGUAGAAGUUAGUGUGAAGAGAAUGUAUAAAAAACGAUGAGAGUGAAAGAAAAUAAAAAAACACAAAACUUCAAGAUUA